AAAAGUGACAAGCAGGGGGAGUUGUUUUCGGUAUACGAAAAGAGGAAGCAGGCGGGCGAGGAGUCGUACAGUGUUGUGUCUGUGCGCUUGACGGAGCAGCUGGAGCAGGUAAAGUCUGUGGUGGGGAGGUGGACGGCGUUGGACGAGGCUUUACAGCGAUGCACUGGCAAUGGCAACCCGCAGGGGACGUUGGGCGCGAGUUACGUUCCCCUCCUCACUGAGGGGCUGCUUGGCUUUUUGGCCGGCACGCUGGACCGGACCGCGUGGAAGGACGAGUACCGCGGCGUGAAUGCAACUGUUCACGGGGCAGCGUCGAGCGCGGCGGGGGGUGUGACGUUCAGCGGCGCCGGGGCGGAGUGGCCCGUGGGGAAACUGGGGCAGAACCAGCCGUACUACUUUGCGAACAACAAGUUCGCUCUCGCGGCGACGGUGACCAUCCACGCGGUGCCGGAGAAGGAAGACACUCCUCUGCUGGGCGUGAGGAUGGAUGGCGCAGCCAACACUGUGCUCUUUGGCCUGUCGUACACGAGCAAGAGGAAGUGGAAAACCAAACUUCAUAAUGCCGAUGCCGAGGAGCAUGCUGAGGCGUGGGAGGCAAACACGGCAGUUCAACUGGCGCUGCAAAUGGAUUGGGACGAUUGGUCUUUGUACGUUGGUGGGCAGAAGAUUUACAGAAAGAAGUGCAGUGGCGCUCUGUUCAACUCACACCGGAUAACGCACUUCUUUUUCGGCAUGGAUGGCACGCACUCGGCUGUGGGCAGCCCCAACGUGACGGUGGCGAACGUCCUGCUGUACAUCCGCGUGCUGGGCGCGGGUGAGCUGCAGCGACUGCAACUCGGCAGCUGCACGAUUCCGCCGCCGGGUGCCGAGUGGGCGGUCGCGGCGCGGGGGGCUGAGUCCGCGGCAAGCGGCGGUGGUGCGGCCGCGUGGGGUGCGCAGCAUUCCGCAGCCGCAACUGUGCGUCGGCGACGCGUGUGCCCGUUGGCCGCCCGCCGGCGGUGUGCGCGGGGUCCUCCACCCAUCGUUUCUUCUGAUGGAAAAGCGCCGCGUGUCCGGCGGUGGCGCGCAGGUCGCACAGGGCCAAGGGAGGGAGCAGGGACGUAA